GAAGAAGAAGAAGAAGAAGGAGCAGAACGAGCAGAACGAGAAGAUCUUCCGGUCUCGCUCAGGCUAACUAAAGAUGGCGGACACGUGUGGUCAAAUAUUGCUGGGCUCAGGACUCACUGUCCUCUCCCACCCUCUCAUGUACAUCAAAGUCCUCAUCCAGGUAGGACAUGAGCCGCUCUCUCCCUCCCUGGGCAGGAACGUGUUUGGCAGGCAGGUCCAUCAGCUGCCUGGACUGUUUGCUUAUGCAAAGCACAUCAUGAAAAUUGAUGGGAAAGCGGGUCUCUUCAAAGGACUUGCUCCAAGGCUCUGUGCAGGCACCAUUGGCACUCUUGUGCACAGCAAAGUUGUGCAGAAAUGCCAAGAACAAGGGACCCCUCAGGUACUGGGCAGUCAGCAGAAGGCUGUGGAGGGCUCCCUACAGCAUGUUGUUAAUGAGACAACUAAAGAAAUGAUAGCUCGUUCCUGUGCCACGGUCGUCACACAUCCCUUUCAUGUGAUUACUUUGCGAUGCAUGGUCCAGUUUAUUGGGAGAGAAACAAAAUACAGUGGUGUGUUGGACUCCAUCGUUACGGUGUACAGAGAAGAAGGCAUACUGGGCUUCUUUGCUGGUUUGAUUCCUCGCCUGCUUGGUGAUGUGCUGGCUCUGUGGAUUUGUAACCUGCUCGCACACGUCAUCAAUACUUACGCCAUUGAUGACUCGAUGAGUCACACAGGAGAGCUGAAGAACUGCUCGCAGGCUGUGACGGGGUUCUUUGCCAGUAUGCUCACUUACCCCUUUGUUUUGGUGUCAAACCUCAUGGCUGUCAAUAACUGCGGGCUUGCUGGAGGUCUGCCUCCCUAUGCAUCAGUUUAUCCAACCUGGGUAGAAUGCUGGAGACAUCUAAGCAGAGAGGGCAACAUGAGCAGAGGCAACAGUUUAUUUUUCCGGAAGGUUCCAGCUGGAAAGAUGUACGCGAUUGACCAGAAGAGAUUUUUUUGAAGGAUCAAGAGAAGUGAGCUGAACAUAGUUAAGAUAAUAACACAUAAAAAAGACGCCUGAUCUCAGAGUUGGACCGUCUUCACGUAACUUUUUUUGUAUGCACUUGUUAACUCUGAGGUUUUUUCAUUUCCUUACCAACCUGCCAUCGUGUGAGGGAAGAAAAAAUUCGCUAGUUUCCACUUAACUGUCUGCAGGUUGCUUUUUAACAGAAAUGUAUUGAGAUUGAAAUUUCAGUGAAGUACAGGGAAUCCCCAUGAGUUCAGACAGUGAUGGGAGAUUUACAAACUGAAUAUUUAUCAUGACAGACCAAUUUAAGUGCGCAUCCCUUGUAAUUAAUAUAUAAAUUAUCAUGACUCUCCUUCUAUAAGAUGGGAUUUGUUUGUUUGGAAAAAAAAACACUUAAGCCUGCAUGUGAUAAUGUUUAAUAUAUCACACUGAUGACCAAGUGGGACCUCUUGUCUUGUGGUAUUGUCUUCAUGUGAUGAUCGAUGUAAUGCUAAUGAAGAUAAGCAUGAUGUAUGUGUGGUUGUACAGAGUUGUGAACAGAGGGGAUCCAGAGCUGACCAAUCUCUCUGAACGCUCUUGAUCAUUCACAGCUCAUUCAG